UUUGUGGGAUUUCAAUAGCAGAGGGAAAAACAGGAGCUCCCGACUUGGGGACCUGGGGUUGGGACUUGGGAGAAGAAGAACAACAGCAGCAGCAACAAGGGUUUAAGCAUUUCUCUCUCCUUCUCUCUCACUGCUAGUUUUUGAGACUUCGAGUGACUUUAAUUGAACUGCAUGUAUUCAUCCCUAGUGUAAAUAAUGACAUCAGUACCUUCAAAAAACAUAUGGAUCCGGCGGCAACAAUGCCCAUGUGGGGAUUGGAAAUGUUAUGUUGCGUAUGAGGGUGAUGCUGAAGAAACGUCCAUUGCAUCUCAAUUGAUAAAGAAUGAUACGUUGCCAUUGGAUGCAAUGGUUUCUCCUUAUGUUGGAAUGAUAUUUAAGAGUGAUGAUGAUGCAUUUGAGUAUUAUGGCAACUUUGCUAGAAAAAAUGGGUUUUCGAUUAGGAAAGAGCGAUCGAGGCUUAGCCCACAACUUGGUAUCUAUAAACGUGACUUUGUUUGUUACCGUUCUGGAUUUGCACCCAUGAAGAAAAAGCCUACUGGAGAGCACCACAGGGAUAGGAAAUCAGUGAGGUGUGGAUGUGAUGCAAAAAUGUAUUUGUCGAAGGAGAUAGUUGAAGGGGUUUCUCAAUGGUUUGUUGUACAGUUCAGUAAUGUCCAUAACCAUGAACUUUUGGAAGAUGACCAAGUGCGCCUCCUUCCAGCGUAUCGUAAAAUUCAUGAGGCAGAUCAAGAGCGCAUAUUGUUACUUUCUAAAGCAGGGUUUCCCAUUCAUCGUAUUGUGAAGGUGCUGGAAUUGGAAAAGGGGAUUCAGGGUGGGCAAUUGCCAUUUUUGGAGAGGGAUGUCAGAAAUUUUGUUCAAAACCGUAAGAAGCUUGUUCAGGAAAAUGACGCGUUGCUCACUGAAAAGAGAGAAACUGAUACGAUGGAACUUCUUGAGGCAUGCAAGGCCACAAAAGAGACAGAUGAAGACUUUGUUUAUGAUUUUACAGUGGAUGAGAAUGAUAAAGUUGAAAAUAUUGCCUGGUCCUAUGGUGACUCAGUUCAUGCAUACACCAUGUUCGGGGAUGUACUUUACUUCGACACUAGUUAUCGAUCAAUCACAUAUGGAAUGCUUUUUGGAGCUUGGCUUGGGAUUGACAACCAUGGUAGAACCAUCUUCUUUGGUUGUGUCCUGUUGCAAGAUGAAACACCACGCUCCUUCUCAUGGGCUUUGCAGAGUUUUGUCCAAUUCAUGAGAGGUAGAUGUCCACAAACAAUUCUAACUGAUCUUGACCCUGGGCUUAGAGAUGCAAUAAGAAGUGAAUUGCCUGGCACUAAACACGUCACUUCUAUAUGGAAUAUUUUCUCCAAACUACCAAGUUGGUUCUCUCUCCCACUUGGAUCUCGCUAUGGAGAAUUUAAAUCUGAGUUUGAUGACUUAUAUAAUAUGGACAGCGUGGAUGGAUUUGAACUUAGAUGGAAUCAAAUGGUUUCAAUGUUUGGACUUGGUUCAGACAAACACAUUGCUUUACUCUUUUCUUUCCGGACAUGUUGGGCACUGUCCUAUAUGAGAGGCUACUUUCUUGCUCAGAUGGCAACACAGGCAUAUUCGAAGUCCGUAGAUGCAUUCUUGAAAGGGGUUUUUAGUGCACAAACAUGUUUACGUAGCUUCUUUGAGCAGGUUGGUAUUUCUGCCAAUUUUCAAAAUCAUGCACGUCUAGAGUUGCAAUAUAUGCAUCUUAAAACAUGCAUACCCAUUGAAGAGAAUGCACGAAGUAUUCUUACGCCUUUUGCCUUCAAUGCUUUACAAAAUGAAUUGGUUCUGGCCAUGCAGUAUGCAACCUCUGAAAUGGCUAAUGGGUCCUAUAUAGUACGCCACUUCAAGAAGAUGGAUGUAGAGCGUCUUGUAAUAUGGAUUCCAGAAGAUGAACAGGUCCAUUGCUCCUGUAAGGAAUAUGAAUCUUCAGGAAUUUUGUGCAGGCAUGCCCUUAGGGUAGUUAUAGUAAAAAACUACUUUCAGCUUCCUGACAAGUAUUUUCCAAGUAGAUGGCGACGAGAAAUCUCUCCAGUUGUUUAUGAAAAUAACGCUACUCAAAAUGGUGAGGAUGAAUGGUUUCGAGAAUAUCAAUGCCUUAGUGAAACUGUAUUCGCAGAAUCAUCUAUUACAAAGGAGCGUUCUGAUUAUGUUCGUAGCGAACUGACCAAAGAACUUGCAAGGCUUCUUAAUGAGGUCAGAAAUCUACCAGAGACUGAUGUGGUUGCUAUGGGUUUGACACUUUCACCGACUUGUUGAUUUGAAGUGGUGGGUCUAUGUAUUCUAGCAAAUGCAACCACUGGAUGCUUCAUCUUUUGGAGGCAACAGACAUGUGGAAGAAUGUAUGAGUAAAAGCUGAUGAAGGUGAAAAAGGGACAAAAAUAUAAUGCGUUCUCAUUAAUACUUCCAAUCAAAAGAGGCAAUAUUCUGGGAAUGGCUAACCAGAAGUGUAUAUUGUGGCUUCCUGUAUGAAUAGCUUGGCUGAAAAGGAUGCAGAUGAGGUUAGUUAGAUACACAUAAGAUGGUGUUCUUUGUAAAGUGUUAAGGUCGUUUUUUAAUAAUGAAGCAAAGUAUAGUCUCCAUCUUUUAACGCUCUUUUCUUUUCUCACCUUAACUUGGAACAGAUUCUAGCUGCCCGAUUUAAUGAGGUAUAGAAAGUGAUUUUUCUUCA